AUGGAAGAGCAAGAAAAUUGCACUGCGGUUACUGAAUUCAUACUCUUAGGAUUUUCAGAUCAUCCAGAACUCCAAAUUUUCCUCUUCCUGGUAUUCUUGGUGAUUUAUUUCAUCACAAUUUUGGGAAAUCUUGGAAUGAUUAUCUUGAUCAAGAUCAGCCCUCGCCUUCAUACCCCUAUGUAUUUUUUUCUCAGUCACAUGUCCUUUGUUGAUCUCUGCUAUUCUACUUGCAUUGUACCCAAAAUGCUGGUCAAUAUAUUAACAGAAGACCAGAUCAUCUCUUUCCUUGGUUGCACUGUACAGUUCUAUUUGUUUUGCACAUGUGUGGUCACUGAAAUUAUGUUGCUGGCAGUGAUGGCCUAUGAUCGCUUUGUAGCCAUUUGUAACCCAUUGUUAUACAUGAUUGCCAUGUCCCAGAAGCUUUGCAUCCAGUUGGUUUGUAGCUCAUAUAUUUGUGGUACAGUGUGUUCUCUGAUUCACACUUGUUUAGCCCUUAAGAUAUCUUCUUAUAGAUCCAACAUCAUUAAUCACUUUUUCUGUGAUAUCCCUCCACUCUUGUCUCUGUCCUGCUCUGAUGUGUCUACCAAUGAGUUGCUACUUUUUAUAGUGGCCAGUUUCAAUGAGAUCAGCACCAUCAUUAUUAUUUUCACAUCUUACAUAUUUAUCCUCAUCACCAUUCUGAGAAUGCGCUCUUCUGAGGGCCGGCGGAAAGCCUUCUCCACCUGUGCCUCUCACCUCACUGCCAUUGUGGUUUUUCAUGGCACGAUCCUUUUCAUUUAUUGCCGCCCAGGAUCUGGAAAUACUCUAGAUUCAGACAAAGUUGCUACUGUGUUUUAUACUGUGGUGAUACCAAUGUUAAACCCUCUCAUCUACAGUUUGAGGAACAAAGAUGUAAAAGAGUCUCUCAGGAAAGUAAUAGCCUCUGAAAUGGGGUCUCUGUGUCCCAAAUUGAGCGGAAGGAGAGGGGAUUAA